UAAAUUGAUACAGAUUCAGAGGAGGCUUGGCCAGAUACUGGGAUUGUUGUUGCUACUAUGUCACCCGACGGUACACCGAGAUGGAUGUUAGUAGUCAACGGCACUUGCCCAGGUCCAACCAUUGCUGCAAAAAUUACUGUUGUCAAUCAAAUAAUCACAGACGGUGUAAGCAUGCACUGGCACGGGAUUGUUCAGAAAGAGAGCAAUACCAUGGAUUGUGUGAAUGGAAUAACAGAAUGUCCAAUCACGCCGGGUUCAUCCAAGAUCUACAAAUUUCUCGCAACCCAGCAUGGUACCUCUUGGUACCAAUCACACCAUGCAGCCCAAUAUGGUGAUGGAGUUCUUGGAAGUAUUGUCAUUAACGGUCCUGCUUCGUUGAACUAUGACUAUGAUCUCGGUCCACUACCGAUUACUGAUUUCUACUAUAAGUCUACCUAUGAAGAAGGCCUUCUCUCUGUUACUAAAGAUCCUCCAAAAGCAGACAAUGGCCUCAUAAAUGGGACGAAUCGAAACCCUCACAAAACCGCUGGGGCGUAUAAUCAUGUAUCAGGACCAGUUCCAGGGGCAAAAUAUCGUCUACGAAUCAUCAACACGAUGAUUCAAACCGAUUUCGUACCGAUCCAGCCCUACGUUACCAACACCAUCUUCAUAGCAAUUGGCCAACGAUAUAAUGCUAUCAUCACAGCUGAUCAAACGCCUUCCAAUGACCGGUUCAGUGCCAUUGUUCCUAGACCUCCGACACAAAAGGGGUUUGGCUGCGGUCAGAAUGCCAAUAAUGGGUCUAUCAAUGCCAUUUUCUCCUAUCAAGCUGCGAAGACGAGAGUCUCCUGGCAUGAGAAGUCCGUGCCCGAACAUGAAUUCGUGUGGCCUACCGCCCAAGAAUUAGUUGUUACAGGCCCAGGAAGUAAUUCGCUUCCAAAAGCACCUGCACCAUAUAUCUGGAGUAUCAAUGAUACGUACAUGGAAAUUGAGUGGGGUAAGCCCACGCUCCAAUACGUUGCUCAGGAAAACAAAGACUACAACGUACAUCAAAGUAUCAUUGAGCUUCCUGAUGCAAAUGUAUGA